UCAAUUUCAAAAUAAAAUUACAUCAGUAACUAUUUAUCCAGACGUAGGUUAAAAUUGUUUUUAUUUUGACGUGUCAAACAAUAUCGACCACAAUUCUAUAAAUGCCUGAUCGAGCAUUGAAAAUAUAAGAUGUACACUUAUUUGUAUGCGUAUACGUACAUACAUUUGUGUUGAUCAUCUCACACAUAUAUGAUUACUAGAGACCUGAAGUUAAACCCCAUUCAAUUGUAAAUAAGGAUCGUGUAUCUUACGGUCAAGAUGAGUGGCACAGAAGAGAAUAAAAUAGAGUUUAAAAAACGAUCGAAGAAACAAUUAAGGAAGCGACAAGUUUCUUCAGACGAAGAUGAAAACGAAAAUGAAGAAACAUCUGUCAGAGAAAAGGUAGAAGAGAUGAAGAUUAUACAGAAACUUCGUGAGAGACCGAAGGGAGUAAACGUAGUUGGAUUAGCUCUUGGAGAAAGCAUGACACCCGACGUUAUGACUUCUGAUCCUUUCAACGUGAAAACUGGUGGAAUGGUAAACAUGGCUGCAUUAAAGAAUACCAAAUUAAAGCAGAACGAUGCUUACGAGACAGGGAUUGGCACGCAGUUCAAUGCUGAAACCAAUAAACGAGAUGAAGAUGAGGAGAUGGUGAAGUACAUUGAAGAGGAAUUGUCAAAGAGGAAAUGCAAGAAUGAGGACAAGACAGAAAAUGGAACUAAUAAUGACAAAGGAUCUUAUUGUUCACCGGAAGAAGCAGCUUUGCAAGCAGUUCCUGAGCAUUUGAGGCAAAGCUCAGCACACAGAAGCGAAGAGAUGCUUUCUAAUCAAAUGUUGUCUGGUAUCCCAGAAGUGGACCUUGGAAUAGAAGCAAAAAUUCGUAAUAUUGAAGCUACAGAGGAAGCCAAAUUGAAAUUACUUUGGGACAGGCAUAGAAAGAAGGAUGGCCCCUCGCAAUUUGUGCCGACGAACAUGGCUGUGAAUUUCGUGCAACACAAUCGAUUUAAUAUAGAAGAUGCGGAUAUCCAAAAAUCGAAACAGGAUGCGGACGACAGGAAAAAAGUAGCAGCGCCUAGAGAAGAUUACAAAGGAAAAAGGAAAGAUAAUGGAGAGAAGGCGACUGACGAUUACCAUUAUGAAAGAUUCAAAAAACAGUUUAGGCGAUUCUAAUAUUACAUGUUUGACGCGUCAACGUAUUAUAAAACAUUAUUUGUAAAUAAAAAUAUUUUAAAAUGCA